GACACUCUGAAUAACAACUCUCUGGGGAAAAAGCACAGUUGGCAGGAGCGGGUGUCCCAGUCAUCGUCCCCUCUGAAAACGGGUGAGCAGACCCCUCCCCACGACCACGUUUGCCUGAGUGAUGAGGUCAAUCACCAAAACAGCACAACCUCCACCAAAGACCGGGGCACAUCCACAGAGAGCCCGUGCCGGCGCACAGCAGCCACCCAGAUGGCACCUGCCUGUGUUGCCUCAUCCCGGCCACCCGAGAAGCACCAGGCCACCAGCCGGCCCCCACCACAUGGCGCCAGUGUAGUAGUGGUGACAUCAAGGGGCCCCGAGGCCCACCGGGACCGCAUCCGCUACCAGACGGAUGUGAGGCUGGAGGCCACAGAGGAGAUCUACCUGACACCUGUGCAGAAGAACUCGGACCCCCUGGAGACUGACAAGCCGUUCCUGUCUCAAUCCAGUGAGAACCGCAUGUCCAUCAGCUCCGACAUUGACACCUCUGGCUAUUCGGCCCUGGCAGGGAAAACCAACCCCUCCAUCAGUGAGGAGGACGAGGUGCUGGACUACAUGUCCUCCCCUGACAAGACAAACCUGCCCAGGGCCUCCUGCGGUGGUGGGAGUGGUGGCUCCCGGCCAGGACACAACCUUCAGAGAGCCUCCGUGAGUUCGGACACCAGUGCCCUCUCCUAUGACUCAGUCAAGUACACGCUGGUGGUGGACGAGAACAUGCAGCUGGAGCUGGUCAGCCUCAAGCAGUGCUACUCGGGCUAUAGCGACGAGAGCGACUCGGCCACUGUCUACGACAACUGUGUCUCCUCUCCCUACGAGUCGGCCAUCGGUGAGGAGUACGAGGAGGAUGCACUGAAGCAUGACUCUGUCUGCCUCUCCGAGGACUCCACCCCCGAGGCAGACAUCCACUUCUCCAAGAAGUUUCUCAAUGUCUUCAUGAGUGGCCGUGCACGCUCCUCCAGUGCUGAGUCCUUUGGGUUGUUCUCUUGUGUGAUCAAUGGGGAGGAGCAGGAGCAGACCCACCGCGCUGUCUUUAGGUUUGUGCCUCGCCAUGCGGAUGAGCUGGAGCUGGAGGUGGAUGAUCCUUUGCUGGUGGAGGUGCAGGCAGAAGAUUAUUGGUAUGAGGCCUACAAUAUGCGGACGGGCGACCGGGGCAUUUUUCCUGCCUACUAUGCUAUUGAGGUCACCAAGGACCCAGACCAUAUAACAGCUCUGGCCAAGAGCAGUGACUGGGUGGACCAGUUUCAGGUGAAGUUCCUUGGCUCAGUGCAGGUUCCUUAUCACAAAGGCAACGAUGUGCUGUGUGCGGCCAUGCAGAAGAUUGCCACCACACGCCGCCUCACUGUGCACUUUAACCCACCCUCCAGCUGUGUCCUGGAGAUCAGCGUGCGUGGGGUCAAGAUUGCCGUGAAAGCCGACGACUCCAAGGAGCAUAGCAAGGUAAACAAGUGUAGCCAUUUUUUCCAGCUGAAGAACAUUUCUUUUUGUGGGUACCAUCCAAAGAACAACAAAUAUUUUGGGUUCAUCACCAAACACCCUGCUGACCACAGAUUUGCCUGUCAUGUCUUUGUCUCGGAGGAGUCCACAAAGCCGCUGGCGGAGUCUGUAGGGAGGGCUUUUCAGCAAUUCUACAAGGAAUAUGUGGAGUACACAUGCCCUACGGAGGACAUCUACUUGGAGUAGGGGCUGGCAGACAGGCACCUCCUGCACAGCCAGGGCUGCAGUCUCGCCCCUUCCCCGUGUCAUGCAUGGACAAGAGCUGCUUUGAGCCUGAAGGAGGAGUGGGCCCAGGGCAGGGCUCCCUGGCACCGAGCGCCCAUGACCCCCCUUCCUCGGGCUGGGGCUGGGGGGGGACGGGAGGGGGGAGGGCUGGACAAAUUGUGUUUAUUGUACAAAAUGCUCUUAGUUUAUUCUAUUGGAGAAGCACCCACUGGGUGCCCUGCCUGUGAGCGGUGGAGGGGUGGGCAGCAGCGUGCUCAGGUCCUUUCCUGCUGCAGGCUGGGGUGACAGCAUCUCCUUCUCGUGACCAUGGCCCAGCUUCCCGUCACAUCCCUCUGGGGUGACUUUUAAUGCAGUGGCAGAGUCGGACUCUUGCGGUAUGAAGACACAGCAGCUACA